CUCUCGGGCGCCGGGACUCGCGUCCUCCGCCGCGACACCCGCUCUCCCGCCCUCCUGCGCUCCGCCGGGGAGGGGCCGCCCUUCCCGCGGGAGCCGGUGAUUGACAGCCCCGCUCCCCCUCCUCGGCUCGCCCGCGAACCGGGGCUGUGUGUUUUGGAAGCGAUGCUACGGGCCGCGAGCCGUGUGACGCCGCGAGCGGCCAGCGCCGCCCUUCCUUUCCCCCCGGGGCUCGGGCGGCAGCUAGGCGGCCCGGACGGCCAGGGCGGGGCGCGGGCUCUGGGAGCAGGGCGCGGGGCGGAGCGCUCGGCCGGGUGGAGGCCCAGGGUGGAGAGCCGGGCGGGGGCUGCUCACGCCCAGCCCCGAGGCCCCGCCGCGCCUCGCGGGACAGGUCGAGCCGGCGGGGCGGCGCCCGGCUCCGGGGAAUAAUGAGUGUCUGUCAAGCCGGCCCCGGGUGACUGGGCGGGGCGCGGGCGGGGGCGGCGCGGGAGGCGGGGGCGGGGAAGGGCAGGGCGGGGUGCGUGUUUGCCAGUGACUCGCCGACCCCUCCGGCGGCUGCCUCCACCCAAGUGGGUGGGGACCCCUCCCAGCCCGGGUGGCUGCGGCGGCUCCCGCUGCCCCUCCCUGACCCUCCCACCCCGGCUCCCAGCCUCUACUUACCCCGCCAGCCCCGGGGAGGCUCGCAGAGCGAGCGGCGCCGGCGUCAUGUGACUGCCCGGAGUUGGUGCCAAGGAGCCAGAGGGGAGCCGGGAGCCGAGCCGCGCGGAGCCGCGGCCCGAGCGCAGUGCGAGCGCCUGCUGAGCCCAGCGACCCCACCCGCGCGUCCGUGCGGUCGCCGUCCCUGUCCCCGACGCCGUUCGGCCCGGAACACUUGACCUGCCCGCCCGCGGGGUUCCGGGCGCCCGGAGGGAGCCGGGCCCGGGUUUCCCGGCCGCUGCGCUUGGCACCGCGCUGCUUGGCAGAGCCAAACAUCAGAACACCCUAGAAGGCUUAACUAAAAGAAUGCUCAUGUUUGACCCAGUCCCUGUCAAGCAGGAGGCCAUGGACCCUGUCUCUGUGUCCUACCCAGCGAAUUACAUAGAAUCGAUGAAGCCCAACAAAUAUGGGGUCAUUUACUCCACACCGUUACCGGACAAGUUCUUCCAGACCCCAGAAGGCCUUACUCACGGGAUACAGAUGGAGCCAGUGGACCUGACUGUGAACAAGCGGGGCUCACCGCCCUCCGCUGGCUCCUCUCCCUCCUCCCUCAAGUUCCCCUCCCACCGGAGAGCGUCACCUGUGCUGAGCAUGCCCCCCUCCAGCCCGCCCAUUAAGAAAUACUCGCCCCCUUCUCCUGGAGUGCAGCCCUUUGGCGUACCAUUGUCCAUGCCGCCAGUGAUGGCGGCCGCGCUGUCCAGACAUGGAAUCCGGAGCCCUGGCAUUCUCCCUGUCAUCCAGCCCGUUGUGGUCCAGCCGGUCCCAUUCAUGUACACCAGCCACCUCCAGCAGCCGCUCAUGGUCUCCCUGUCGGAAGAUAUGGACAGUUCAAACAGCAGCAUGCAAGUACCUGUAAUUGAAUCAUAUGAGAAGCCCAUAUUACAGAAGAAAAUUAAAAUAGAGCCUGGGAUUGAACCACAGAGGACAGACUAUUACCCUGAAGAAAUGUCACCCCCUUUAAUGAACUCAGUGUCCCCCCCGCAAGCAUUGUUGCAAGAGAACCAUCCGUCGGUGAUCGUGCAGCCUGGGAAGAGACCCCUACCUGUGGAAUCCCCGGAUACCCAGAGGAAGCGGAGGAUACACAGAUGUGACUACGAGGGAUGCAACAAAGUCUACACUAAGAGCUCGCACUUGAAAGCACACAGAAGGACGCACACAGGAGAAAAGCCCUACAAAUGCACCUGGGAAGGCUGCACAUGGAAAUUCGCUCGGUCUGAUGAACUCACAAGACAUUUCCGCAAACACACUGGAAUCAAACCUUUCCAGUGUCCAGACUGUGACCGAAGCUUCUCCCGCUCCGACCAUCUUGCCCUCCAUAGGAAACGCCACAUGCUGGUCUGAAAGCCUGCCCCACCUCGGUGUGACUCCCCCACUCUUCUGGCACUCUGUCUCUCUCACUGUCUCUGUGUGUGUCUCGCUCUCUGUUCCUCUCUUCCUGCCCAUUAUCUAACUCAUUUUUUAUAUGUACAUUUUAAUUUCGAUUCAGCUGGUCUGAAUCUCUGAAUUUCUAUCAUUCAAGACUUCCGUAUGGUCAGUAGCUGAUUCCCUAACCCUCCCUUUCCUUACCACGGGUCAGACCUAAAGAAUGUGAACAUUUUUUUUUUCCGGGGAUGCUAAGCAAACCCUCCUUACCGAUAGAUACGUUUAUGAGAACAAUGUAAACUAACGACCAACUUGUCAGUUUCUCCAUGUAUUCCUCAAAAGAAUGUCAAGGCAAAUGUAUCAGAAAUACAGUAUCCUUGCCAGAGACCUUCAUACCUCUGCCACAUUUUGUGUUUGUCAACCAAGAGGAUGCGGUUCCUUUCACCGGUUAGCGAGAUCCACAGAGAGGUGUAGCCGGUCCUGCCGCCUCUGCCGUGGCCCUUCCCACUUGCUUGUUGGCCUGGAUUUCCAACUCCGAUGCAUCAAGUCCUUUGUCCUCCGUGGUGCCUGAAGCUCAUGUGGAGGCCUUUGACACCCCAGGAGCUGAGCCCCAGUUCUGCCUGAGUGUGGAGAAGAAGCAGAAGCUACUAAGAGUGGAGGAGGAAGUCAGCAUUCCUGGAUAGGACUGUCUGGGUCAUUAACAUUAGCUGUGCGGUGCAUGUGUUGAAUAUCAGUGUCCAUCCCCAGGCGUCACUCACCUAAGCAGACCCUUGCUGCAAAGCUGGGUACCCGGAGGGUUAUUGGUGCCACCGCCUCCGUUCCUGCAGGGUCCUUCACUGUGGGUCACGAAGCAUUGAGAGUAAGGAAUCCAUAGAAAUAUUUGCCCGGUCGUGUACAAACAAACAAAACCUUUUGAGACAGAGUAUAAAAUGGUCUCUCCUACCCGCCCAACCUGCUAAGAGUGUUUUUGCAAACAGGAAAAAUGUUGAGUGGUACUUAUAUUCCCAUAUCCAAUUAGUCACAUAGCUUUCAUAUGGAGCUUUUUUUGUGUGAGCUGUAUGGUGUCAAACCAGCUGUCGUUUGUGUCCGUGACACAUAGCAUACAUGAGCAUCCACUAAGCUUGAGGGAAGUCAUUGAUUUAAGACCUGAGUGACAGACACUAUUUGUAAAUAUAACUAGUGUGAAGCACAUAGAUCUUUAUUUUGGUGACAGAUUUUUGAAAAAUAGAGAAAAACCACAAUUCAGGGAUUUAUAUAUGUAGCUUGAAGAUUCCUACAAGUUUCUGCCGGAGCUAGCAAUUUCCUGUCGCUACUAUGUAUCCUGUUAGGAAAAACUAAAAACAAUGGCCCGUGUUGAUGUUGAAGAUAAGUAGAUCAUUUGGGGUGGGGGGGGGGCGUUUUUUCAAAAGCAGGCUUUUGAACUACCGUAGUCCAAAUGCCAUUGGUUAUAAAUUUGAAAAAAAAUGGGCACAAUGGUCAGAUAUGGUUGCAUACGACCAACAGCCCCUCCAUCCCUGCAGAGGGUGGAGGAGAAGAGAGGAGAGAAUCCCACCAAUUCGUCCCAGCCACAGCUCAGGAGCCCACACGACUGGGAGGAACAAGCUACUUGAUUAUUCUUGCAGUGAUACUGGAGGCCUGCACAUGAGCAGGGAGCUCUCUCUGAUGGCACUGGGUUCAGAGCUGAACCCCACUGAGGGGCAAUGUAGGUGAAAGCUAAAGAAAUGUUAUCUUGGCACUUGGGUUCCUUUUCGUUCUUUUUUUUUUUUUUUUUUUGUUCAGGCUACUAAAGCAUGCUAAUUAGGCCCCCACUUGUCUCUUUUGUUUGCAACUACAGCAUGAAUUGGGGAGUGGAAAGUCUCUUGGAAAAGCAGGGUCUCCCCGUUGUCAGCACUGAGUCACGGUCAUGCCAACACCGUCAUGUCCUGAUGUGGUUCUCGUUUGUGUUCCAACCCCAGUGAGAAAGGACAGAAUUUGCGGCUUUGCGCCGAAGUACAGUUAAUGGCUUUGUGACGUGUUUAAAUUGUGUUCAAAAGUCUAUAUUACGUUACUCUUUAGCUUGCUUAGAUCAUGUCAACAGUUCAAUCAGAAAGAUCCAUUUUAACUCUGAAAGGAAAGUAACCCAGAGAAUCCGUUCUCUAUUCCCAUGCUGGUCUGAUAGACUCUUCAUUCAUUGGCCCUUACCAAAUUUUCUUAUAUGUGUAUGUAUUUGUAUUUUACUAUAAUAGUUGAGAAAUGUAGUCUCUUAGUUUUGGGGGUUGUUUUUUUUUUUGUUUGUUUUGUUGUUUUUUUUUGUUUGUUUUCUUAAAGCUGUUUUUGUGGAAGAUACAAGAUAAGAUACCCUGGGUUUUUGAUGACAUGCUAUGUUUCUGUCAGUGGUGGUUCCAUUGCAGUAUUUUAAAUUGAUGAGAACAGGCUGUAAACAUGAAGGCAGCACCAUGUAAAUUGUUAGAGUUCAUUCGAUUACUGCUCAAGAAGCAUCUUGGGGAAGUUAAAAUUAGAAAUGAGAAUCUUGUGUUUUCCAGUUUUCCAGUGGGAGUGUACAUCAUUAAAUGGGCAUUUAGCAAUCUAAAGUCACUUGGUUUGGAGACUGUGCGGCAUAGCUUUGUUUCACUAAGAAGAUGCUAAAUAUGCAGACGUUUUGAGAGCCUUGGAACAGAAUUACAGGUGAAUGACCUAUGUAUAUGUAUGUUGUAUUAGACACCCACCUGCACUAUCAGUAUUGCACUAAUGUGGAAUUUGAGAGACUUGCUGAUACUGUAACCUGCACACCCAUCCUGCAGAUUGUAAAGACAACCUCAGAGAGCAGAGGUUUGAAAGUAAUGUGGUUUGAAAAUAGAAUCGUCUUGAAGGAAUUGCUAACGUACAUGAAGUCACUUGAGUUUUCUUUAUUCUCUUCUUGGUCAAGGUUAACAGUUUCUAAAUGAUUGCAGAUUCACUUAAUACAUUUACAAAGCCAUUUUACGUGCAUUAAACGGGGGCUACAACGUGUUUUACAAAUACUAGCACUUUUUUUUCCUGUUAUGUACUUAGUGUUAGAGGGUCGGAAUAGUCUCUCUGCUUAGCAUCUCUUAAACCCUCCCUGCAAGCGUAGCAGGGUUACUGCAUUUACAGUACUUUAAUACUUGUAUAAACUAUGCAGAAAUUUUUAAUAAAGUGUAAUAUAUUUUAUAAGCUAAUAAGACUGAAUGGGUAAAGGUUUUUAGCAUGCAUUAGUAUACUUGCAAAUACUGAAACAUUUUGGUAAUCUUUCUUACUAAAGAUGUGAAUGUUUAAAUGUACCUUCUCUGUUUCUACCCUGUAGUCCAAUGGGAAUUCAGUAAUGACAUUUUGUCAUGUCAAACUGUGAACAUAAAUUUGUACUGUACAGUCCUCAUAUACUAUAUACAGUAUGCAAUAUAUGUAUUAUAUACUUGUUAAUAAAACCAUCCGAAUAUUA